AUGUUUGCCUUUACGUCCAAGAAGAGCUUCGUUAUAACGCUGUUAAUAACAUUAUUUCAGUUUUGUUCUUCUUCUAAAAUGAAACCCGAUCUCAUUCCUUCAAGCGAUUUUCAAGAUACCAAUUCUGUAUCAUCACGGCAACAAUAUCAAGCUAAUUCGAAAAAAAUUGUAAAGAUAACAAAUCCUACCUAUGAAAGAUUAGUUUAUUUUAGUAAAAUGUCUGGAAUGACAAGUUGUAUUACGCAAGAUACAAUAAUACCCGGGAAAACAUUAAACCAAGGUGGAUGUCCCAGCACUAUUAGAUUCUGUUAUGAUCCAUUAUUGAAUCCCACUUGUUCCGAUACAUGGAUCGCCGCAGUGUUAACUGCGGAAUCAGGUGAAUUAGGUACUGGUUAUGUGGCCAUUGAUCAUGAAAAGAAAGUUGUUAUUUGUGCCUUUAGAAGCUCUACAACUAUACAAGAUUGGUUUAGUGAUUUUGAAAUAUCUCCAACCAAAUGGAACCCUGUUUGUGUGGAUGAGUACAAAAAAAUGAUCGAACGUGGAAUAAUUAAAGAAUGUAAGGAUUGUAUGAUUCACAGAGGGUUUUCAAAAUUCAGUAGGACUUUAGGUAGAUUUUUCCUUAAUAAAUUGGAGAAUAUUUUAAGGCAAUAUCCUGACUAUCAUUCAAUCGUCACUGGCCAUUCAUUGGGGGCAGCAUUGGCCUCAAUGGCCGGAAUUGAGCUAAGAUUAAGAGGUUAUGAACCAUCUGUUAUCACAUAUGCUACACCAAGGUUGUUUAACAACGAGAUGAAAGAAUGGGUAGACGAGCUUUUUCAUUCCAAAGAACUUCAUGAUACAUACGUCUCAAAGGGUGAAAUGAAAUUAGACAAAGGUUAUUAUCGAAUUAUUCAUACAAGAGACUACAUUCCAAUGGUCCCACCAUUCUAUGAACCCGCAGGGUUAGAAAUCUUUAUCGACAAAAUUUCUCUUCCCCAUUAUAUUGAAGAUCUCAGUUAUAUAGGUCUUGCCUCUGAAGAAGCAUCUAAACAAAGUAUUCGUGAUGAUUUGAUUGAAAAAGUUGAAGAGUGGCUCCGCACUGAAGAACAUCGUUCUUAUUUUAUAAAUCUUGCUGGUUGUAAUGGAUUCUAA